AUGCUUCCCGAUAUUCUUAAGACUAACAAGGAAAGAGUCUCUACGUCAUCGCCUGCUCCUGGAUCUGCCUUCUACUUCGGAGCAAUCGCCGAACGCGAGUGGAUUGCGGGCAGCAACAACAAUCUCAACCGCGAGUACCGCUCCCUGCGCAUCUACCGGGAGAGCUACGAGCACAACCUCCGUAACCUGGAGCAGCACAGGAAGCUGAACUCCACCUAUGAGCUGGGCGUGCAGCGCACCAUGCUCGACUGGAGCCUGUAUCUCCACCAGAGCCGCAACAAGCCAAUGUCCUACUACUACUCCACCUUCACCGUCCACCUCUACAUGACGCUCUUCAACAGUACAGAGCGGCAAAGGGACUUUACGCGAUUCCGGGAGGAGGUGGAGUGCCUGAAGCUGCCGCAGUUCGUCAACGUCCUGGACGAGGCUCGGAUGCUGGCCGUGAUCUAUCUGAAGAGCUUCCGCAACGCCUGGCGGGACUACACGACGUGGAUCGUAUCGAAGCCGCAGAACCAGGAGAUCUACGACCAGGAGAACGCCAUUCUCCAGAAGUAUCACCUCAACAACAGGCGUCUCUUCUUCACUCUCUACGCCCAGAACUUCUGUGAGUUUGGCAAGGACUUGGCCGAGCACGUCUUCUACCUCGGACUCAACCAGAAUCCGGACUUCUUCAACAUAUAUUCCUGCGGAUUUCAGACCGAGACCCCCAUGCAUUGCGUGUAA